CAAAUCGGGUCAAACGCCAUUUCCGUUUCUUCAAGGGGAAACCAAACGAGAAGAAGCAUCAUCUCUCUCUCUACUCGACUGUUACGCCGCGAAAUGACGAGAUCACCCCUCUUCGUCUCCCUCCUCAUCCUCCUCCUCUCCGCCGCAACUUUCAUCACUCGCGCAUCGGCGGAGAUAAAGUCUCUCACGAUCUCCGACGACGACAGACCGAUGAUCCUCUUCGAGAAGUUCGGAUUCACACGAUCCGGCCACGUCAGCGUCUCCGUCUCCUCCGUAUCGGUAACCUCCCCUACGUCCGCCACGAUCCCGGAUCCGUCGCGGCUAGGUUUCUUCCUCAUGUCGGAGGAAUCGCUUCUCCAGGUCCUCCUCGAGAUCCAGCAAAACCCUAGCUUCUGCGUGCUCGACUCCCCCUACGUCCUCCAGCUCUUCACGUUCCACGAUCUCUCCCCUCCGCCGAGCUCCAAGUUCGAGCACUUGUCCCCUGUGGCUUCUCCGGACGAGUACUCUCUGUUCUUCGUCAAUUGCGUGAGGGAUACGAAGAUUUCGAUGAAGGUCCGAACGGAAAUGUAUAACCUAGAUCCGAACGGGUCGAAGGACUACCUCCCGGCCGGUUCGACCCGAUUACCCGGGUUGUAUUUCUUUUUCUUCCUCGGUUACUUAGCUUUCCUCGGUCUCUGGGGGUAUGUUUGUUGGAUUAAUAAACGAGUCGUUCAUAGGAUCCACGUCCUCAUGGCGGCUCUUCUGUUAAUGAAGGCUUUGAAUCUGAUCUGCGCUGCUGAGGAUCAACACUACGUGAAAGUCACGGGAACUCCUCACGGAUGGGAUGUCUUGUUCUACAUUUUCCAGUUUAUCCGCGUGGUUCUUCUCUUCACGGUGAUCGUGUUGAUCGGGACUGGGUGGUCGUUCUUGAAGCCGUUCUUGCAGGAGAAAGAGAAGAACGUGUUGAUGUUCGUUGUUCCUCUCCAGGUUCUCGCCAAUAUCGCCUCCAUUGUGAUCGGAGAGACGGGGCCUUUUAUUAAAGAUUGGGUGACGUGGAACCAGGUGUUCUUGCUUGUGGAUAUAGUGUGCUGUUGCGCGAUCUUGUUCCCUAUUGUAUGGUCCAUACGUUCGCUGAGGGAGACUUCGAAAACCGAUGGGAAAGCGGCGAGGAACUUGGCGAAGUUGACUCUGUUUAGACAGUUUUAUAUUGUUGUCAUUGGGUACUUGUACUUCACGAGGAUUGUAGUGUUUGCGUUGAAGACGAUAGCUGCGUAUAAGUAUCUGUGGGUGAGCAAUGCGGCUGAGGAGAUUGCGAGUCUGGCGUUUUACGUGGUGAUGUUCUAUAUGUUUAGGCCGGUUGAGAAGAAUGAGUAUUUUGUUUUGGAUGAGGAAGAUGAAGAAGCUGCGGAGCUGGCCUUGAAGGAAGAUGAUUUUGAACUCUGAAGAAUCAGAUCAAGAACUUUCAUUGACUAUACAAAGCCGACUUUGAGGAGGUUUGCUUUCUCCUUUUUUUUUUUUUCUAUUGUUACUUUCGACUUCAAAGUAGUUUAUUUGCAAGGGGAAUAACCCUGUAUGUAGUAGUACUCUCUUACAUUGUAAAAGAUUGUUUGUCCCUAAGACUGUUUUUACUUGUAAGAAAGAUUAGUGCAUCUGUUGUUCA